GGGUGCGUCGUUGUGUGCCGGAUUUGGAGUUACCAGCGCAGCGUCGUCGUCGUCGUCUGCUUGCUUCCUUUGGUUGUUGGUGGUGGUUGGUUGGUUGAAGAGAGGGACGCAAAUUUAGUUUACUAGACGUCCGCUGCGCGAUGUUGGGCGCGCAACACGCAUGCAGUUAACGGUUGCGCUGGCUCGGUUCGCCUCAGCGCGGCUUCAACACCAACCUUCAAGACGGCCUUCGUUGACGAAAAGAAAAGAAUUUUAAACGGGGGGCCAUUGAAAAAAAAUAUAUAUCUAAAAAAAAGGGGAAAGAAAGAAUCACGAUUUGUUGUCAAUAUAUUGUCAAGUGUUUUAAAAACGGGCCUUUCGUGAAAUUUCUUUUUUUGAUUUGGUGAAGAUAUAAUUUUCAAUUUAUCAUCAACGAGAGUGAAACGAGGGCUGUCGUCGUCGCGAAGGUGUUAAAAAAAUUAUUAUUUUUUUUUCUUUUUUUUUGGUGUUUGCCAAACUUGUGGAUUUAUUGCAGUCGAAGAACGAAACGAAGUGUGUGUGUGUGUAUGUGUGUCGCUAGUGCGGUGGAGUCCAAAACCGAAAUUCCCUUUUUUUCAAAGGUGAUUCCAAAAAAAAAGGAAGAUAAUGAAAUUACGAUAGUAGGGGUAUAUUUAAUUCAUUUGUGAAAUGUUAUCGCAAAGUAAAUUUUACGCUCUCUUUAUACACUACACUUUUGUGUAGUAUGGUGUACGGGGCGGGUCCUUGCCGUUGCGGUCAAAAGUGCAGGUGUGAAUAAGCAAAUAAGUGGGUUUUUCUUUCCUCGAUCUAUUCUUUUUUCGCUAAUUUUUAUUUUUUUUUUCGCUUCCAUAUUCCAAGGGAGAUAAAGUAUCCUUUUUAAUCCCUCCCCUCCACAAAAAAAGUGUUCUUUUUAAUUUUGAUUCCAUUUUUUUUUACGGAGGAAAAAAAAAGAAAUUUUUGCCCGAAGAUUCAUGGAUAAAGGAGUGAGAGAAUUAAUAAAGAAAAGGCACCGCGGAUAAGGUGUCUACAGAACCCGCCCCAUAUAACAUCAGUGCCUGGUAUUCCGCAUCGCUCAACUCCAAGAGAGAGAGAGAGAGAAUUCACGCAGGAAAGUCGAGUCUUCAAAAAAAAAAAAUUAUACAGACUGAAACGUGGAGCAGACUAUGAUAAUUCGGAUAACAAAUUGAUUACACACGCCGCUUCAUGUAUACAUCGGACAUGAGAAAUUUUGGUUCGAGUUGGACGGGCCCCACUGUACCACGCACUGCCGCAGAGCGUUCGUUAUUGGUCGCCGCCAUUUUGUCAAAGAAUAAAGAUUGUUAUUUAGAUAUAAAUAAAAAUAUAACAACAACAACAACAAAACGAAAGUGGAGUUCGAAGGAGAGAAUAAACAACAUUAACCAAAAGCGGAAACCGUGGAGUAACGUGGUGCGAGAAACACAUUUAUCCGUCCGACCACUAAAAACGUCUACUCUACAUUCAACUGUCAUCAUCAUCAUCAUCAACACAACACAUUUUAAAUCGACAAGGCAGCUUUCAAAAAGCAAUUCUAGAUCUCAUUCUCAAUUUCGCUAUCGGCAACAGCAGCUGAAUUAUUCCCCACAAUACGAAUACAGCCGCCAUUGUAGAAAUUGUUAGCACCAAUAGCAAGGAAGGUGGCUCAGUUGUGUGCAGCCUAGACAAUGUCCGAAGUUUCUGGCUCUAUAUCAGAGGAAGAACGAAGUUUGUUCCGUCCGUUCACGCGGGAAUCCUUAGCAGCAAUAGAACAACGUAUUUCCGAGCAGCAAGCUAAACAAAAGGAGCUUGAGAAAAAGAGAGCUGAAGGCGAGGGAAGUAUAUAUGGACGGAAGAAAAAGAAAAAAGAAGUACGUUACGAUGACGAAGACGAGGAUGAGGGUCCCCAACCGGAUCCUAUGUUUGAGCAAGGAGCGCCCCUUCCGGUCCGACUGCACAACGAAUUUCCCCCCGAGCUGGCCUCCACACCUCUUGAAGAUAUUGAUAGUUUUUACUUCAAUCAAAGGUCGUUCGUGGUUAUCAGUAAAGGAAAGGACAUAUUCAGGUUCUCCGCGACCGAUGCGAUGUGGAUCCUCGAUCCAUUUAAUCCAAUACGACGGGUGGCCAUCUACAUAUUGGUCCACCCACUUUUCUCUCUAUUCAUCAUUACAACAAUUUUGGUUAACUGCAUACUCAUGAUCAUGCCCACAACGCCCACCAUCGAAUCCACCGAAGUCAUAUUUACGGGCAUCUACACAUUUGAGUCCGCCGUUAAGGUGAUGGCGAGGGGUUUCAUUCUGCAGCCUUUUACCUAUCUUAGAGAUGCAUGGAAUUGGCUCGACUUCGUAGUUAUAGCUUUAGCUUAUGUGACGAUGGGAAUAGAUCUAGGCAACCUUGCUGCUCUCAGGACAUUUCGAGUCCUCCGAGCCUUGAAGACUGUCGCUAUUGUACCAGGUCUUAAAACCAUUGUCGGCGCUGUGAUAGAGUCCGUUAAAAAUCUACGCGAUGUGAUAAUCUUAACAAUGUUCUCCCUCUCCGUCUUUGCACUUAUGGGUCUUCAAAUUUAUAUGGGGGUGCUUACGCAAAAAUGUAUAAAAAAUUUUCCCGACGACAACUCGUGGGGUAAUUUGUCGCACGAGAAUUGGGAACGAUUUACUAACAAUGAUUCUAAUUGGUACGUGGAUGAAGCCGGGAAUAUGCCCUUGUGUGGAAAUUCGUCGGGCGCGGGGAUGUGUCCUCCUGGUUAUACGUGUUUACAAGGUUAUGGUGAUAAUCCGAAUUAUGGUUAUACAAGCUUUGAUACAUUUGGUUGGGCGCUUCUUUCUGCAUUUCGUUUAAUGACACAGGAUUAUUGGGAGAAUCUUUAUCAGCUGGUGCUGAGAUCGGCGGGGCCAUGGCAUAUGUUAUUUUUCAUUGUUAUCAUUUUCCUGGGAUCAUUUUAUCUUGUCAAUUUGAUCCUCGCCAUUGUUGCGAUGUCAUAUGAUGAAUUGCAAAAGAAAGCUGAGGAGGAGGAAGCCGCUGAAGAGGAAGCUAUUCGGGAAGCGGAAGAAGCGGCUUUAGCAAAAGAACAUAAACAGGCGGCACAGCAAGCUGCGCGGGAAGCAGCGGCUGCUGCAGCUGCCGAACGAAUAGUUAAAUCGCCUUCAGACUUUUCCUGCCAUAGUUAUGAAUUAUUCGUUGGUCAAGAAAAAGGCACAGACGACAACAAUAAAGAACAAAUGAGCAUUAGAUCAGUUGAAUCAAUCAGCGAACACAGAGUUAAGAUAAUUAAUAAUCACACAACAACAACCACCAGCAAAGUGAGAAAAGUCAGUGCCGUCUCUCGCGUCCCUAAUGGCCAGUUUACUAAUGCCUACCAGGAAAGUCUGAGGAAGGCAAGUCUCAGUUUACCGGGUUCACCAUUCAAUAUAAGACGUGGUAGUCGUGGUAGUCAUCAAUUUACAAUACGCAAUGGUCGUCGUUUUGUUGGACCAUCAGGUGGUGAUCGAAAACCCCUUGUAUUGUCAACGUAUUUGGAUGCACAAGAGCAUUUACCCUAUGCCGAUGAUUCAAAUGCCGUUACGCCAAUGUCCGAAGAAAAUGGCGCAAUUGUUGUGCCAAUGUAUUAUGCAAAUUUGGGUUCACGUCAUUCGUCAUAUACGUCACACGCUUCAAAAUUAUCAUAUACGUCACAUUGCGAUUUACUCGGUGGUAUUGGAAAUAUUGGCAAACCAAUGACAAAAGAGAGUAAAUUGAGAAGUAGAUCAGCGAGGCAGGCAUCAAUCAAUGGAAAUGCAGCGGAAAAUAUUCACAAACAUCAUUAUCAUAGUACGGAUGGAGAAACGGAAGAUUCGCUCAUUAAAUUGAAACAUGACAAUCCAUUUAUCGAUUCUUCACAUCAACAAGCGGUGGUAGAUAUGAAAGAUGCAAUGGCGUUAAACGAUAUAACCGAACAAGCUGCUGGUCGGCAUAGUAGGUCAUCGGAACAAGCAGUGUCGAUAUAUUACUUUCCCACAGACGAAGAUGAUGAGGGAAUUACAUUUAAGGAAAAGGCAUUAGAAUACUUUUUACGAAGCAUCGAUGUUUUUUGCGUUUGGAACUGUUGUCCCAUGUGGGUCAAGAUACAAGACUUCAUUGCCCUUUUGGUGUUCGAUCCAUUUGUUGAGCUUUUCAUCACACUUUGCAUUGUCGUUAAUACAUUAUUCAUGGCAUUGGAUCAUCACGAUAUGGACAGUAAAAUGGAAAAAAUCCUUAAAUCCGGAAAUUAUUUCUUCACUGCAACGUUUGGCAUUGAAGCGACAAUGAAAUUGGUAGCAAUGAGUCCAAAGUUUUACUUUCAAGAAGGAUGGAACAUUUUCGAUUUCAUUAUAGUGGCCUUAUCCCUGCUGGAAUUGGGACUCGAGGGAGUUCAGGGAUUAUCGGUCCUUCGUUCAUUUAGAUUGUUGAGAGUAUUUAAAUUAGCAAAAUCGUGGCCAACAUUGAAUUUAUUGAUAUCAAUUAUGGGCCGUACAGUUGGUGCAUUGGGUAAUUUGACAUUUGUCUUGUGUAUUAUUAUCUUUAUAUUUGCCGUAAUGGGCAUGCAAUUAUUUGGUAAAAAUUACACGGACCAAGUACAUUUAUUUCCUGAUGGUGAAUUACCACGUUGGAAUUUCACUGAUUUUAUGCAUUCAUUUAUGAUUGUAUUUCGUGUAUUAUGCGGAGAAUGGAUUGAAUCAAUGUGGGAUUGUAUGCUGGUUGGUGAUGUCUCAUGUAUUCCAUUCUUUUUGGCAACUGUCGUCAUUGGAAAUUUAGUCGUAUUAAAUCUUUUCUUGGCGUUGCUUUUGAGUAAUUUUGGCUCAUCGAAUUUAUCAGCGCCAACAGCGGACAAUGAUACAAAUAAAAUAGCCGAAGCUAUUGAAAGAAUAGCACGUUUCAUUGGUUGGAUCAAGCAAAGUAUUCUUAAUCUACUUAAGAUGAUGCGAGCCAAACUCACCAAUCAGAUAUCCGAUCAGGCGCCAGGUGAGGGACCGUCCAACAGUUGGAAAGAAGAAGGUCUCGAUCAUGAUGCAAAUUUGGAUCUCACUGAUGGUGAUUUAGAUGUAUUUCGUGACAAAAAGAGCGUCAAGGAACUUAACAAUCAAUUUGAAGUUGCAAUUGGCGAUGGAAUGGAAUUUACAAUUCAUGGAGAUCUUAAGAAUAAAAUAAAGAAAGGAAGCCUAUGUUUAAACAACACAAAAGGACUCGUCAAUUCGUUGAAUCAUCGGGAUUUUCGAUUGGAUCAUGACUACAUGAAUCACAAUGAGGAUGAUACCAUCAGUAACAAAUCGUAUGGGAGUCACCAGAAUCGAUCAUUUAAGAACGAGAGUCACAAAGGUAGUUUGGAUUCAUUGGAUGGCGAAGAAAAAAAGGAUGCAAGUAAAGAAGAUCUUGAGGAGGAAGAUUUAGACGAUGAGGGCGAAGAAGGUGAGGAGGAAGAAGAAGAGGAAGUACCAAGAAUAAUACAAACAAACGAAGAGAUAAUUGACGACUAUCCAGCUGAUUGUCUUCCCGAGAAAUGGUACAAGAAAUUUCCAUUUUUGGCUGGUGAUGAAGACGCCCCAUUUUGGCAAGGUUGGGGUAAUUUGAGAUUAAAAACCUUCCAGCUCAUUGAAAAUAAAUAUUUUGAAACUGCCGUCAUCACAAUGAUUCUGUUGAGUAGUAUGGCACUGGCUCUUGAGGAUGUUCACCUUCAGUCGAGGCCAAUACUUCAAGAUAUACUUUAUUACAUGGACAGAAUUUUCACAGUGAUAUUUUUCUUGGAAAUGUUAAUCAAAUGGUUGGCUCUUGGCUUCCAGAAAUAUUUUACGAACGCUUGGUGUUGGUUGGACUUUAUAAUCGUCAUGGUGUCUCUCAUUAACUUCGUAGCAUCGCUCGUUGGCGCGGGCGGAAUCCAAGCCUUCAAAACAAUGCGGACCCUAAGGGCCCUAAGGCCACUAAGGGCGAUGUCUAGAAUGCAAGGGAUGCGGGUUGUCGUGAACGCUUUGGUCCAAGCUAUUCCAUCUAUCUUUAAUGUGCUGCUCGUCUGCCUUAUUUUCUGGCUAAUCUUCGCCAUUAUGGGAGUUCAACUGUUUGCUGGAAAAUAUUUCAAAUGUGUCGAUGCAAACAAAACAACGUUAAGUCACGAGAUUAUUCCCGAUAAAAAUGCAUGCAUUGCCGAAAAUUACACCUGGGACAAUUCGCCAAUGAAUUUUGAUCAUGUUGGUAAAGCUUAUCUGUGCCUCUUUCAAGUAGCCACCUUUAAAGGAUGGAUUCAAAUUAUGAACGACGCCAUUGACUCAAGAGAGGUUGGUAAACAACCAAUUCGCGAGACAAACAUCUACAUGUACCUCUACUUUGUAUUUUUCAUCAUCUUCGGAUCGUUUUUUACACUCAAUCUAUUUAUUGGAGUUAUCAUUGAUAAUUUUAAUGAGCAGAAGAAAAAAGCCGGUGGUUCACUUGAAAUGUUCAUGACUGAGGAUCAGAAAAAAUAUUAUAAUGCUAUGAAAAAAAUGGGUAGUAAAAAACCCCUAAAAGCCAUUCCACGUCCGAGGUGGAGGCCACAGGCAAUAGUGUUUGAAAUUGUGACCGAUAAGAAGUUCGAUAUGAUAAUUAUGUUAUUCAUCGGAUUUAAUAUGUUGACAAUGACAAUGGACCAUUAUAAACAAACGGAAACAUUUAGCAAUGUUUUGGACUAUCUUAAUAUGAUAUUCAUUGUGAUAUUCACCAGCGAGUGUCUCAUGAAGAUUUUCGCAUUACGCUAUCAUUACUUCAAGGAGCCAUGGAAUCUCUUUGAUUUUGUUGUUGUUAUAUUAUCAAUAUUAGGAUUGGUCCUGAGCGAUAUUAUUGAAAAAUAUUUUGUAUCGCCAACAUUGCUACGUGUUGUGAGGGUUGCAAAAGUGGGUCGUGUUUUACGUCUUGUUAAAGGUGCAAAGGGUAUUCGUACAUUACUUUUUGCAUUGGCCAUGUCAUUGCCGGCACUAUUCAACAUUUGCCUCCUACUAUUUUUGGUGAUGUUCAUAUUUGCUAUAUUUGGAAUGUCAUUCUUCAUGCAUGUCAAGGAUAAAAGUGGACUCGACGACGUCUACAAUUUCAAGACAUUCGGACAGUCGAUGAUAUUGCUGUUUCAAAUGUCAACAUCAGCUGGCUGGAAUGAUGUAUUGGACGGCAUAAUCAACGAGGAAGAUUGUCAAGAGCCAAACAAUGAAAUUGGCUAUCCAGGAAAUUGUGGUUCAUCAACAAUUGGAAUUGCCUAUUUAUUAUCGUAUUUAGUGAUUAGUUUCCUAAUUGUCAUCAAUAUGUAUAUUGCGGUGAUAUUGGAGAAUUAUUCACAAGCAACCGAGGACGUUCAAGAAGGAUUAACUGAUGAUGAUUAUGAUAUGUAUUAUGAAAUAUGGCAACAAUUUGAUCCUGAUGGUACGCAAUAUAUUCGAUAUGAUCAGCUAUCGGAAUUCUUGGACGUUCUUGAACCACCAUUACAAAUACAUAAACCAAAUAAAUAUAAGAUUGUAUCGAUGGAUAUACCAAUAUGUAAGGGUGACCUUAUGUUUUGUGUUGAUAUCCUCGAUGCUCUCACAAAAGACUUUUUUGCAAGAAAAGGCAAUCCAAUUGAAGAGACAGCCGAAUUGGGUGAAGUACAAACAAGACCCGGUGAAGUUGGCUAUGAACCAGUAUCAUCAACAUUAUGGCGACAACGUGAAGAAUAUUGUGCACGUCUUAUACAAAAUGCAUGGAGAAAACAUAAACAACAACGACUAGGUGGUCCAAGUGAAGAAAGCGAUGAUCCCGAUAUGGAUCCACGCGUUAGACAAACUGCCGUACUUGUCGAAAGUGAUGGUUUUGUCACUAAAAAUGGACAUCGUGUCGUUAUUCAUAGUCGUUCGCCAAGUGUCACAUCACGCACCGCCGAUGUUUGAUCCUCGUUACGCUUUCCUCAAUAAUAAAUAAAAUAAAAUAAAUAAUAAAUUUCCAAAAAAAAAAUUAAAAAAUAAAUACGAGGAGAUGAAUUUCAAAAAAAAAUAAAUAAAAAUAAAUCGCACGUGCGUUAUGAAACUACUUAACAGCCUUAUAGUUGUAUAAUACAAAAAAAAAAAAAUAAUAAAAUUCCUCCAACGAGUUGCCUUUUUUAUCGACUGCACGAGUGUGUCGAUCGGAGUCGACCGUGUCCGAGGAUGCACAAAACAAAAACAAAAAAAAAAAAAAAAAAAAAAAAAAAACACACAAACACUUGAAAAUAAAAACUCAGGCGAUUCGUCGGAAUAAACGCGUGUACGGGUUUUUACGAAAACAUCCGACCGAAUUAAAAAAAAAAAAAAAAAAAAAAAAAAAUUCUAACAAAAUAUCCAAAUAGCCUUCUCUUCCCCCAACACCCUCCAAAUAAAAUAAUCUGUCCCAAAUCAAGGUUUGAAUCUUUUAUCGAAAGAAAAAAAAAAUUGUCCAACGAAAAACCUAACCUAAGGAUUUCAUGUGCUUCCCCAACUUUUAUGAAAUCUGCCAAGCUUAGGUCAUUUUUUUUUUUUUUUUUAUCAAUUAUUAACUGUAAUUGAAAAAAACAAAAACUGUCAGAAUCUUCCCCUCUUGCAGUUUAUUGUAUUUUUCUUGAUAAAAAAGAGACAUUGCGCAUGCGCAAUAGAUCCGAAUUUAUCAAUGCGCAUGCGCGAUAGAUAAUAAAUUAUAAUUUCUAUGCGCGAAAGCUUCUGUAUAUUGACACUGCGCAUGCGCAAAAGAUCAGUAUUGACACUGCGCAUGCACAGGUGAUCUGUAUUGACACUAAGCAUGCGCAAAAGAUCACUAUUGUGCAAAUUACCUUGUGCGAUAGAUCAUUAUUAUUACUGCGCAUGUGCAAUAAAUCAUUAUUAAUUUUAAAUGCGCAAUAGAUCCAUAUUUCCUAAUGCGCAUGUGUUAUGGAUUAUUGUUACUGCGCAUGUGCAAUAAAUCAUUAUUAAUUUUAAAUGCGCAAUAGAUCCAUAUUUCCUAAUGCGCAUGUGUUAUGGAUUACUACUGGAAAAUUUCACAUGCUCAUUAGAUUUGUAUGCUAAAUGCGAAUAAUAGAUUAUUAUUAAUUUCACAUGCGCAAUAGAUUUAUAUUCUUAAUGCGCAUAUGUAAUUGAUUAUUACUGACAAUUUUACAUGCGCAGUAGAUCAAAAUACAAUUGAUCAGUAUUGAUAAUUCCCCAUCUGCGAUCAAUGUAUUGAUAGUGCGUAUGCGCAAUAAAUCAAUAUUGACAAUUUCACAUGUGCAAUAGAUCAAUAUAAUCAUGCGCAGUAGAUCCGUAUUGGCGGUGUACAUGCGCAAUAGAUCAGUAUUGAUAAUUUAACAUGCGCAGUAAAUUUUAAUUGUCACUACGCAUGCGCAGUAGAUCAGUAUUGAUAAUUUUACAUGCGCAUUAAAUUUUAAUUGUCAGCACACAUGCGCAGUAGAUCAAUAUUGUCAGCACACAUGCGCAGUAGAUCAAUAUUGUCAAUAAUCAUGCGCAAUAGUUUUUUUUUUUUUGUUAAAAACCACUUUUUAUAGAAUAAUUUAUAAUUUUUCACGAGUGUAAAAAGCAGUAAAACUUCCCUUAAUCCAUAAAAUCGUGAUUAUCAUAAAAAACUAUUUUUUACACUCAAAUUUUUUUCCGUUAUUAAAAAAGGAAAAAAAAAGAUACACCGAAUUAAUAAAGGACAAAAUUUUCUCUACUGAAUUGAAAUUGACAUUUGUCAGCAAGAAAUGAUUUAAUCUUCCCCCGAAAAAAUAAAAUACGAUCAAAUUUUUUUUUUGAAAAAAAAAUUUCUUUUUUGCGACAAUUGUCAAUUAAGAGAUUCAAAGGGAAAACGAUUUUUUUUUUAUAACGAAUAGUCUGAUUGAAUGAACAAUCAAGACAUUUCAGUUAUAAAUGAUUCAAUCCUAUGAUAAAUCGUUUUUUUUUUUUUUUUUUAAUUCUUCAUAAAAGUAUGAAAAAAAUUAUUUUUUUUUUAUCAGUUAUUUUAUUAUUUUUUUUUUAUCAGACAUUUAUUUUGUUGCGGAAGAAUGGAAAUGAGAAAUAAAAAAAACUUUGUGUGACCUGAUACCGAAAUGAAAAUAAUAAUUAUCGGUACAAUCGAAUUAAAUAUACCUCUCAUCUGGUGCAGAAUUUAUGAUAUGGUGCGAUAAUUGUGAAAAAGAAAAAGAAUUUUUUGCAAUGUACUAUAAAUAAAUAAAUGAGAAGAAGAAGAAGAAGAAAAAAAAAUAUAUAUAUUCGAUUUGCAUAUUCGCUUUCUAUGAAUCGCACUCUUUUUUAAUCUAUAAUUCUUGUAAUUUUUAGCGGUGAAUUUUUUAAAUAAAUAUACCAAAAAAAAAAAAAAAUAGAAAGAAAAAGUGAAAAUAAAUUGCAAAAACGUGUGUGCCCGUUUUUUCUUUUUUGCCCGUGAGAAUAAACGUGUAUCGUGUGAUAGAGAUGCGAAUAUGUAUAGCUUUUAUUAUUAAAACUAAAGUGAAAAAAAUAAUUUUUUUUUUAAUGUGAAUUUUUGUCCUCGAAAUAAUGAGCCGCAACGACUUAUAAAAAUCGUUCAACACACGCUUAUAUUAUAUAUAUAUAUAUAUAUAUAAUAUAUUAUAUAUAUAUAUAUAUAUAUAUAAAAGGAAGAAAAGAAAUAUAAUAUAAAAAAUCGUAUCGAAUAUUGUUUCUUAAUUUAUCUUGGAAGGGGAGAAGAAUCGAUAACACAACUUUUUUAUAAUGAAAAAUAAAAAAAAAUCCUUCCGUAAUCCUCAUCAGUUUACGAAAUUCAAUUCUGUUUUUUAAAAUUGAUAAAAUAGUAUAUAAUAAACUCAUAAAAGUCUAUUGCGCAUGUAUUUAUUGCAUAGGGAUCUACUGCGCAGGUAUAGAUCAUUUUAAAACUCUAUAUAUGCGCAGUAGAUCCUUUUUGGAGAAUAUCCAAGUAAAAUGGAUUUCUAUUGGUAGUAUAUAUGCGCAAUCGAUCACUAAACAUGCGCAGAAGAUCAUUAUUAAAUCAAUAUCUGCGCAAUAGAUCCCAAUGGUCCAAAAAUAUGUUUAGUGGAUCUUUAUGAGUCGAAAAAAAAACAUUCUAUUUCCUAUUCAUAAUGAUCAUUUUGAGUUUUAUACUUGUGCAAUAGAUCUUUUCGAGCUCGAUACAUGCGCAGUAGAUCCUGAUGAGUGGAAUAUAUGCGCAGUAGAUGUUUUUGGGGGUCCACACAUGUGCAGUAUAUCCUAAUGUAUCAAAUACAUGCGCAGUAGAUCUUUUCGGGGGUCCAUACAUGCGCAGUAGAUCCUGAUGAGUCAAAUACAUGCGCAGUCGAUCAUUUCGGGAUCUAAGCGCAGUUAAAAUAGUUAUUGAAUUUCGUAAUUGUCAAGGACUUUUCAGCGAGUGUCUCUCACCCGAUUCAGCUUGCCUGCCGUCCCAUUUUUUAAGCACCGCCUUUUUAUGUAGGAAAAGUCCAUUGUAAAUCUUUACGCGCGUUUUAAAACAUAAAAACCCACCAAUGUCGGUUAAUUAAAUGAAACAAAUAAAUAAACAUAUAACGAUGAAAAACGACGUAAUGUUAAAUAAAAUAACUAAAUAAAUAUUAACGAUAAAUAAAAAUAAACUUUAUAAAAAAAAAUAAAAUUAUAUAAACGCGAUCCCAUGAGUCGACAUUCUAUUAUCUAUUUAUAAUGAACGUAAUUGUAAUUUUUAAAAAAUCGUAUGCGAUAUAUGACUAUUUAUUUAUAUAAUUAAUUGAUUUAUAUAAAUAAUUAGUCAUUUUUUUAUUUUUUUGCGAAUGAAUGCGAAUUAUUUUUCUAAUGCCCACUUUUGUGUGCGAUAAAAAAUUAAAAGAGAACACGCAGAUCGUGAUUUUUUGUUUCUAUAAUUUUUUUUUUUGAAAAAAACUGCUUCGCGUGUCCCAAUUACGAAUUGAAAGAAAGUGAUAUAUAUAUAUGUAAAAAUCGCUUUAAUGUUGUUAAUUUUUUAAAAUUGUUUCGUUAUUUAUCAAAAAAAAAAAAUGCCUCAUGGUUAAUUAUAAUUAAAGGCUUGAAAAAAAAUGUUAUAUGAAUGUUAUUGAAAAAAAAAAAUGAAUAUAUCAAUGUUAUUAUAUCUAUUAUCAAUACUUUUAGUUGGCAGUUAAAAAAUACUUUUUUAUUAUUGUAACGUAAACAAAUAUUAUUAUCAAAAACAUGUUGAGUUUAUGUUACAAAAAAAAAAACAGAAUAUAAUCGUUGGUAAAAUAUUUGCAAAAUAUUUUAUAUUCUAUGAAAUUCAACGUUGAAUUUCGCUUUGUUAUUGAAAAAAAAAGUGUGAUAAUUUAUUUUCUAUUUUUUUUUAAGAUUUUAAUUAGGAAGAGAAGGCUAUGGAAUUUUUAAAGAAUAUACGAAAAGAAUUAUAAUAAUAAUAAUAAUAAUAGAAAGAAAAAAGGCAUUGAUGAACUGCGAGGGGGGGGGGAGAAUGUAAUGCAUUAACGACAAAAAAAAAAAAAAAAAUGUUCAUUACUUUAAGCUAUAGAAGCUCAAGCGACAUGAAAAAAAAAUCAUUGUAAAUUACUCGUACAAAAAAAAAAAAAAAUUAAUAAAUAAAAAUAAAUUCACUAUCGGUGUCGAAAUCCGCUUUUUCGAAGAAUCUUAGAAUGCCUGUCGAACAAAUCAAUAUUUCACAUACUUUUUCUACAUAGUUUUUUGCAUUUUCAAUUCUCUCCACGGGCGCGAUUUAUUAUAUAUAUAUAGAUAUAUAUUAUAUAUAUUAUAUUAUAUAUAUAUAUAAUAAUGUUUGUCAAAUAAUAAUAAUAAUAAUAAUAAAAAAAAAAACAACAAAAGAUUCGUAAAUCGUCGAUUCUUCGAAUUUAAAAUUCAUUUUUUUUUCUUCUAAAUAAUUGAUUUUCAAUAUUAGAUAAUAAACCGAUUUUGUUAAUUUAAAAAAAAAAAAAAUUUGAAAUGUUUCGAUUACUUGAAAAAAAAAAUUGUUUUUUCACAUAUCAGAGAAAUCUGUGAUUAUCAAGAAUUCAGAGCAAAAAAAAAAAAUUUAAUUGUACAGAGAAUUUAUUAUAUAAAAAAAAAAGAAAGAAAAAAAAUCUGAAGGAGGGGGUAUCUAUCUCAGCAGUAAAAAAAAAAAAAAAAUUUAUAUUUUUUGUCAACUUACAAUUUCAUUUUAAGGAACGAAGUGAUAAAAAAAAAAAAAAAAAAAAAAAAAAAAUUGCGGACAAAAAAAUAUUAUUGCAUAAAUAUAUAAAAUAUAUUAUAUAUAUAUAUAUAUUGUUUAUUAAAAUAAAUAAAUUUUAUAAGAAUUAGCACAUAUACACAAAACACACAUUGUCUGCGCAAAAAAAAAAAAAGCUUUAAUAAUGGAAAUUUUUGACAAAUAAAAAAUAAAAGCACUUCUUUAUUAAUUAUUAUUAUUAUGUUAUUAUAUCUGUGGAAUGAUUUAAAAAAAAAAUUCUACAAUUUAUUGAGUAAAUUGAAAAAAAAAAAAUCUUUAAUAUUUUUAAAUAUUUAUAUAGUUUUUUUUUUUGUAUAUAUAACUUUACGAAUGUUAUAAACGUAUAUAUGUAAAUUGUAAUAUAUGAGAGAGAAAAAAAAAAAAAAUGUUUACCAUUUCGUAUAUUUUAAUAUAUUACCCGAAUUUCUGUAAAAUUGUAUAAAAAAAAAAAAAAAUAAUUAGUAAAAAGAACGCGGAGUAUGAAAACUGUUAAAAAAAAAACAACAACAACUCUGAAUUAAUUUAAAAAAAAAAAAUUCACAGAUUUUCUCUUUUUGACCACAUUUCUCUUAAAAAUCGUUUUUUUUCUCUCAAAAAAAAAAAAAAUUCACUAAGAAAAAUGAAAAUAUUUCGAAACAUUUCAAAAAAGAAAAAAUUUUUUUUUAUUACUUUUUAAAAAUCGGUUUUGAAAAUAUUGAAAAUUCAAUUUAAAUUUUGAAAAAAGCCCACUCUAUCUCGAAAAUUGUAAAAUUAAAAAACACGAAAUUUAUUCACUGACCCCUUCACGAGUCGUCGUUCAAUAAUUUUUUUUUUUUUUUUUUUUUUGCAUUACUAAAAAAUAAAUGCUUCAAUGAUUCUUUUUAGUUUCUCUAAAAAUACUGUAAUAUGUGCAAAUAAUUCGAAACUAAUCGCAUAAAUGAAAAAAAAAAAUAAUAAUAAUAAUAAACGUAUAAAUAUAAAUAUAUAUAUAUAUUGUACAUGUAUUUUUCGAUACUACUUCAUCAAAGCGAAAAAAAACGAGGCGAACGAAAAAAAAACAGCGACUCUAGGCGGCCAUAAAUUUGAAAAAAAAUAUUUCCAUUUCAUUUUUUUUUGUUUUAGUGACAGAAAAAAAUUAAUUUCAUUCAAAUUUUUCCGCGCGCACUUUGACGAUUGCGCAUGCGCUUUAAAAUCAAUCAUCGUGUGCGCGCAACGAAUUUACAGCGCAUGCGCUAUUUUUUUUUUUUUUUUUUUUUUUAACGACAAAAGAAAUAUUUCUACUUUCAGCGUAUCGAAAAAAAAACUUCCCCUAAAAAAAAUCUUUUUCAAACGUGUUCAUCAAAAAAAAAAAACGCUGAAAAAAAUUUCUCUCGUCGUUAAUUAAAAAAAAGAGAAAAAAAAAUUUUUUGACAAAAAUUUUUAAAAGCGCGGGGAGAUAAUUUGUAAAUUUUUUAAAUAUAAAGAAAAAACCUAAUGUAAUAUUUAAAAAAUAAGGGAAAAAAAAAUAAACUAUAAGGGUAAUUAAAUAAUAAUAAAAAAAUACGUAUGUGUGUAUGUACAUUGUUUUUUCACGCGACCAAAAGGCUGUAAUAUAUAAAAAAAAAAAAAAAAAGUUAGUUAAUCUCUUUUUCCCCGAGCGUCAAAUUUCCUCCCCCCCCCUGAAAAAAAAAUUCUCCCCGCGAUUUUGUCAAAAAAAAAAAAAAAAAAAACACGAAAACUUUGGCAAUUUCUUGAUCAUUAAAAAAAAAAAACAGGGGCUUUCUAGAAUCUCUCGAAAAAAUUUCGUAUCGUUAAAGUAAAAAAAAAUAAAAA